UCUGACAACACACGUAGACCUUAACGCGUGUUUGUGUACACGCCGACACGUGCGUGUGCGUCUCUGGCAGGUUCACCAUUUGCCACAAGACUGAAGUGGUGAAGAACACUCUGGAUCCCGUGUGGCAGGCCUUCAAGAUUCCCGUCAGGGCGCUCUGCAACGGCGACUACGACAGGAGCAUCAAGGUGGAAGUAUACGACUGGGACAGAGACGGCGGGCACGACUUUAUCGGCGACUUCACCACCAGUUACAGAGAAAUGUCAAGAAGCCAGUCACAGUUUCACAUCUAUGAGGUGCUAAAUCCAAAGAAGAAAGGAAAGAAGAAGAAAAAGUAUCAAAACUCAGGAACGGUCACCUUGUUGUCGUGCCUGGUGGACACCGAGCUGUCCUUCCUGGACUACAUCCGAGGCGGGACGCAGAUUAAUUUUACGGUGGCGAUCGAUUUCACCGCAUCGAACGGCAACCCGUCGCAACCCACCUCGUUGCACUACAUGAGCCCGUACCAGCUGAACGACUACGCCAUGGCGCUUCGGGCGGUAGGCGAAAUCAUUCAGGACUACGACAGCGACAAGAUGUUCCCGGCGCUCGGCUUCGGAGCCAAGCUGCCCCCCGACGGACGCGUCUCGCACGAGUUUGCCCUGAACGGCAACCCGCAAAAUCCGUACUGUAGCGGCAUCGAGGGCGUAAUGGAGGCUUAUUACCAGAGUCUCAAGUCAGUGCGUCUCUACGGGCCCACCCACUUCUCCCCGGUCAUCAACCACGUGGCCAGGUACGCGUCGGCGGUGACGGACGGCUCCCAGUACUUCAUCCUGCUCAUCAUCUCAGACGGCGUCAUCACAGACAUGGCUCAGACCAAAGAGUCCAUUGUCAACGCUGCCUCUCUGCCCAUGUCAAUUAUAAUUGUCGGGGUCGGACCAGCAGAAUUUGACGAAAUGAUCGAACUCGAUGGGGACGAAGAGAGGAUCUCCUCCCAAGGACGCUUAGCGGAGCGGGACAUUGUUCAGUUUGUUCCGUUCCGGGAUUACAUCGACCGCAGAGGCAAUCACAUCCUCAGCAUGGCCCGCUUGGCCAAGGAAGUGCUGGCGGAAAUCCCCGACCAGUUCCUGUCUUACAUGAGGACGCGGGGGAUCAAACCCGGCCCGCUGCCGCCCCCUUACACGCCGUGCCCCCCACCGGCUCUUCACCCUCUCCUCGCCAGACGGGUAAGCCGGAUCUAAGCUUCGGGGGCCUCGUCUUCUCCUCCUUCUUCUUCUUCUUCCAAAUCUUCACUGGAAGCUUUUGAGGUGGUUACCGAUCGUUGUUGUCGGAACGCCGUGACGCUGUGAAAAGUGACGGUGGGAACGCUAGCUGCGUCAGGGGGUGUGGCCUGAUCCGCAUGACGGUAACAGACGUCACUUCUGUGUCUCUCCGUAAAUACAUGUUUACAAGUUGAGGCCUGGAUAAGGAUGAAACUACCAAUGGAGGUGAGGAGGCCGAAUGGGAGCGUGUGACUUUUUUCAUAUUUACGAUGUUAUUAAAUGGAGCAUGUGCUAGUUAAAGAGAAGCAUGCGCUGUCGUCCUGCACUCAGGGCUUUGUCCCGCCCCACCCGACUUGAACCAGCCUUACCUUUCGGCGGCGUUCUUCCACACGGCUUUUUGGAACCGUAGCUAGGCAGUACUCCAUCAUCUUCACUUCAAAACAGGACUACAGUCUGUUAUUAAUUAAUUUGUUCAUUUUUCUACCUCUGAGUGUGUUGCCAAAGCAUGCUAGCUUGUCUAUUUUUAUUUUGUUGUUAUUCAACUCUUUGAAUUAUUGCAAUUUUUAUUUAUUUUUUUUUUUUUUAAAAAGAACACAACAUCAAAAAUAAUGAGGGAAUGAAGCCAGGAGUAGAUGGCAUUUAAAUAUUCUCCCUUACUUGACAAAUUUAUAGGAGUGAAGUAUCAGGUGGUGCUAAAAAGAUUCCAGCUAUUCAAUCUGUGAGUAACUCACAUUCCCCAUCGUAUCGAUUGUCGAGAUCCAAGAUAUUUGCCAAUACCCAGAGUGACGAUACCUGUCGUGAUCGAUGAUGCCCAACGAUUGCUCUCGAUGACAUCUCUAUUCUUAGUUAUUCUGAGUUGGAUUUUGCCAUGACCAAUAUGUCACAAAGUCGUGAUACAUUUCCUUGCCAAUGUUUUAUUAGGAAUCGUAAUUAAUGAAUUAUUUCACUGAUUUAUUCAAUUGUCUUUCUGACUUUCGGCUGCCAACGUUUCAGGGCCACUUCCAAGUUUAAAAGGGGUGGGGGCGGGGGGGAUUAUUUGUGCUGCACCCCAUUAAAAUUCAGGAGAGAGUCCCUCCCCAAACUGCACUGACACUUUGAGCCACGACCCUCAUUUUGUAUUUCUUUUUUAAUUUAUUUAUUGAAUUAUUUUUCUUUGGUUUGAAGUCAAGCAAAAACAAGCAACCGCUCAUUUCCUUUUCACCGAAUGAAAACAAUUCUUAGCCCUGUCCUGAAGGUUUACAACAUUUUCUAAAGUCAGGCCUCGAAAUACACAUCCAACACACGCUUGUAAAAUGUUUUCUUAUACAUAUGAAUACAGUAUAUAUUUAUACACUGUACAAAUAUCUGCCUUCUUUGGUGUAUGGGCUCAUGAUAUUUAUCUUAUAUGUGAUGCUGCUUCUAUAUGUAUCAUAUUUUGUACCGAGGCCUGUAAUCAUAUUUAAAUUAUGACUAACAGGCCUUAUCCGUGUUUCUGUGUUGAGUUAUUCAUAUUUAAAUGAUGAACGACAGGCCUGUAUUUUUUUAUAACUGUAUAUUGUGAACACUGACACUCCGUAGCAUUGCUAUUCAAAUAAAUACUUUAUUGAGUGUAACUGUUUAGUGUAUUGUAGGCAAUGGAAGGGUGGUCUGACAGAAUUUUUGUACUCUAUAUGAUGAUUAUUUUCAUGUUUUCUUUUGUUAAUGGUUUUUUUUCCCCCCCCUUCACUCCUGAGAGACAAAUGUAGCAUCAAUUGGCGAAAGCAGAUAAGCAAACAGGAAAUAUGUAAAGUCAAUGCACUGGACACUAAAUUAGGUACAUUGUUUAAUAAUAUCCAAAGCAAAAAUAAAUUCUGACUUAGUUAGAUAAUGCUAUUGUUUUAAAUAUUUCAAUUAUUGUGGUUGGUUUCUCAAACUCUUUAUGUAAAUGUUGCUUUUAUUUGU